AACAGAAAGAAAGGAAGACGCUGGUGGAAGGGAGAUGCUACACACAGAAUGAAGCACUAAACUGGAAGACUAUUGAUUUUAAUACAAGAGCCAUGAAUCCAUCUGAGCCUUGGGAUUGUUUCAGUCAAAAUCAGCCCUGAAUAAAGAAACAACAGCAGAAAGAUAAGGAGUGUGCCACCAGAUCCAUUAACUGGCACUAAGUGAAACACUGGAAAUCUUUGUCUUGUAGAUCAAACAGCCUGGUGUAACUGUGCAGGUGGAAGAAGAAUGGAUGAGCCUGAGCUUACUCUUGGUCCAGCAGUUCUCGAAAGUGAUAAAGCAAGUGAAGAAAAGCUUGAUACUGAGGAACAGAAACCUAAUGAUGACAUCAAGGAGGAGAACAACACUGAGGUGACACAACCCCAGGAAAGUGGAGAUACUGGCCCAGCAAUGGAGCAAGAUGCCCUCAAGAUGUCCAUUUCUGUUAAGGAUUUGCUUGAUGAGACUCUGCAGACUGACAGCAAAGUGAGCGUUUUUAGGCGUAAAGAACUAAGGGACCAAACUGAGCAGACAGACUUCCCUCCUGGCAGUCUAGCCAGCAGCUUAACCUCCCUCAAAAAGACAUCUCGCAGUAGCCAGCUAUCUCGCGAAUCUUGGCAGAGUCAGCCACUCCUAGCUCAGGUAUCCCGGCAUAGUCAACAGGUCCAAGGCCAGGAAUCCUGGCAUAGUCAACAGGUCCAAGGCCAGGAAUCCCGGCAUAGUCAACAGGUCCAAGGCCAGGAAUCCCGGCAUAGUCAACAGGUUCAAGGCCAGGAAUCCCGGCAUAGUCAACAGGUCCAAGGCCAGGAAUCCCGGCAUAGUCAACAGGUCCAAGGCCAGGAAUCCCGGCAUAGUCAACAGGUCCAAGGCCAGGAAUCCCGGCAUAGUCAACAGGUCCAAGGCCAGGAAUCCCGGCAUAGUCAACAGGUCCAAGGCCAGGAAUCCCGGCAUAGUCAACAGGUCCAAGGCCAGGAAUCCCGGCAUAGUCAACAGGUACAAGGCCAGGAAUCCUGGCAUAGUCAACAGGUCCAAGGCCAGGAAUCCCGACAUAGCCAGCAGCUUCUAGCCCAGGACUCCCAGCAUAGUCAACAAUUCCAAGGCCAGGAAUCCUGGCAUAGCCAACAACUCCUAGCCCAGGAAUCCCAGCAUAGUCAGCAGCCCCUAACCCAGGAAUCCCAGCAUAGUCAACAGCUCCAAGGCCAGGAAUCCCGACAUAGUCAACAGCUCCAAGGCCAGGAAUCCCAGCAUAGCCAGCAGCCCCUAGCCCAGGAAUCUCGCCGUAGCAGUCAGCAGAUCCCACAAAGCCGAAAGUCUUCCAGAAUACCACCUAUAAAUGAAGCUGAAAGAAAAGAGGACAUGACCUGGAUCAGCCAAAAGUCAGGUAAAAUUAUGCAGUGCAAAGGCCAACAGACAAGUAGAGUUUGGGAAUAUAAACCACUUGCUGAAAUUCUAAGCCCUGUUAGUCAAGUGCCCCAGAAAAGCAGAAGUGCAGAGAAGGAAGCAAUUCACAUUUCUUCUGGGGAUACAAAAGUGGAACAGUCUGCUGUGGAGGAAGCCCAACGCAGCAGCCAACAGCCAAAGGGUCAGGCAUCCCGGCGUGAAAGUCAGCUAUCUGGUAUGGCUUCUUGGGUCAGCAGCAAAACAGGAAAGCUGGUGAAAUGCUCAGGUCAGCAGACAAGUAAAGUUUGGGAACGAAAACCCCUUGCAGAUAUUCUUCGUUCUAGUCAAGUACCCCAGGCAGUCAGCGAUGUUGGAGAAAAAGUGACAACUACUGAAGAAGCUAUCAUUCCGCCCAGAGAUACAGAAAUGGAAACAGUGGAAGUAGCAGAAGCUCGUGUCAGCAGUGCACAAGCUCAAGAAUCCCGGCGUGGCAGUCAACAGGUGGAAGGAAAGGAAUCUCGGCGUGGCAGUCAACAAGUGGAAGGAAAGGAAUCCCGGCGUGGCAGUCAACAGGUAGAAGGAAAAGAAUCCCGGCGUGGCACUCAACAGGUGGAAGGAACGGAAUCCCGGCGUGGCAGUCAACAGGAGGAAGGAAAGGAAUCCCGGCGUGGCAGUCAACAGGUAGAAGAAAAAGAAUCCCGGCGUGGCAGUCAACAGGUGGAAGGAACGGAAUCCCGGCGUGGCAGUCAACAGGAGGAAGGAAAGGAAUCCCGGCGUGGCAGUCAACAGGUGGAAGGAAAGGAAUCCCGGCGUGGCAGUCAACAGGUGGAAGGAAAGGAAUCCCGGCGUGGCAGUCAACAGGUGGAAGGGAAAGAAUCCCGGCGUGGCAGUCAACAGCCAGAGGUGCAGGAAACAGAACCGGACGGUCAACAGCCAGAGGUGCAGGAAACAGAACCAGAGGGUUCUCAGCCAGAGGUGCAGGAAACAGAACCAGAGGGUUCUCAGCCAGAGGUACAGGAAUCAGAACCAGAGGAUCAACAGCCAGAGGUGCAGGAAACAGAACCAGAGGGUUCUCAGCCAGAGGUGCAGGAAACAGAACCAGAGGAUCAACAGCCAGAGGUACAGGAAUUAGAACCAGAGGGUCAACAGCAGGCGGUACAAGAAUCAGAACCUGAGGGACAACAAUUGGAACAGCAGGAAUUUAGGGAUGACAGUCAGCAACCAGACACUAAAGAAUCUCGCCAUGGAAGCCAACAAUUAAUCAAACAGGGACCUCAGAGCAGCCAACAGCCACAAGGGCCAGAAUGUGAAGAAGCCCAGCUAGAGCAAAAACCUUCAUUACCUGCAGAGGACUUUGCUGAUGAGGAAGAUGCCAUUGUGGGUGGAAGAACUAGUGUAGAAAUGAAAAGUACAAGUCAACAAACUAGUGAGAGUUUGUUCAUGGAUUAUCUGGCAAAGAUAUAUGGUAUUCAUCUGGAACCCCCUCACCCUGAAGGCGAUGGAUCAGGUCUUGAAGCAGGAGAGUCCCCUCAGAAAGAAGAAUCCCAAGGUGAGGAGACUAAGGUAGAAGAGACUGAAAAACAAGAACCAGCCCAUAAUGAGGGUGAUGAAGCAGAAGUGGAGCAGCCUCCUAAACAGGAGUCACGAAAGAGCAGCCAGCAGGAGGAGGUACCAGGGUCCCGAAAGGGCAGCCAACAGGAAGAGGUGCCAGGGUCCCGGAAGGCCAGCCAACAGGAAGAGGUGCCAGGGUCCCGAAAAGCCAGCCAACAGGAAGAGGUGCCAGGGUCCCGAAAGGGCAGCCAACAGGAAGAGGUGCCAGGGUCCCGAAAGGCCAGCCAACAGGAAGAGGUGCCAGGGUCCCGAAAGGGCAGCCAACAGGAAGAGGUGCCAGGGUCCCGAAAGGGCAGCCAACAGGAAGAGGUGCCAGGGUCCCGAAAGGGCAGCCAACAGGAAGAGGUGCCAGGGUCCCGAAAGGCCAGCCAACAGGAAGAGGUGCCAGGGUCCCGAAAGGCCAGCCAACAGGAAGAGGUGCCAGGGUCCCGAAAGGCCAGCCAACAGGAAGAGGUGCCAGGGUCCCGGAAGGCCAGCCAACAGGAAGAGGUGCCAGGGUCCCGGAAGGCCAGCCAACAGGAAGAGGUGCCAGGGUCCCGGAAGGCCAGCCAACAGGAAGAGGUGCCAGGGUCCCGGAAGGCCAGCCAACAGGAAGAGGUGCCAGGGUCCCGAAAGGGCAGCCAACAGGAAGAGGUGCCAGGGUCCCGAAAGGCCAGCCAACAGGAAGAGGUGCCAGGGUCCCGAAAGGCCAGCCAACAGGAAGAGGUGCCAGGGUCCCGGAAGGCCAGCCAACAGGAAGAGGUGCCAGGGUCCCGGAAGGCCAGCCAACAGGAAGAGGUGCCAGGGUCCCGGAAGGCCAGCCAACAGGAAGAGGUGCCAGGGUCCCGGAAGGCCAGCCAACAGGAAGAAUCCAGAAAGGACAGCCAGCCAGUUGCACAGGAGGAAUCCCAACAGGGUAGUCAGCAACCUGUUCAGUUACCAGAAGUAACUGAACACCCAGAAAAAUCUGAAAGCCAAGGAACUCUGGAUAGCAUAGUGUCAGAAGAGGAUAAAGCUCUGCAGACAUACAGCAUAAUUUCUCUAGAAGAUGGAAUUUGGCUAAACAGAAAAACUGGCACGUUUUUGGUAAGCCACUAUCAGCAAACAAGUGUUUCUUGCCUUCUGCUCAGUCACACAAAGUUGGAAGUUUCUGGAGAUGUAGGAGAAGCUCCAAAGCCAUCAGAGCUUGAGGCUGAAAAAGUCGGGCCCAAAGUUGAAGAAACAUUUCAAAGCACUACAGCAACCGAAGAGAAAUUUGAUAAAGACCAGCAACCAGCAUUGGGCCAAGAAUCACGCCAUAGCAGCAAGCAAGCUUUCCGUCAAGAAUCACGCCAUAGCAGCCAGCAAGCUUCCCGUCAAGAAUCUCGCCAUGGCAGCCAUCAAGGCUCCCGUCAUGAAUCACGCCAUGGUAGCCAACAUGGCUCCCGUCAAGAAUCACGCCAUGGCAGCCAUCAAGGCUCCCGUCAAGAAUCACGCCGUGGCAGCCAGCAAGCCUCAUGUCAAGAACUGCACCGUGGCAGCCAGCAAGCCUCACGUCAAGAAUUGCACCUUGACAGCCAGAAGGCUGAUAGUCCAGAGCAACCUCAGGGAGAAGAACUGCAAGGCACAGAUGAUGUUGAGAAACUGCUAAGUCGCCGCUUGAGUGAGGCAACCCUGCAGAGCAUAGAAGCUGCAGACGCAGAUGAUAAAAAAUCUCAGCGGACAUACAGUUCUGUUUCUAUGAUGGAAGGGAGUUGGAUCAACACCAGAACAGGCAGGCAUCUAGAAUCUCAGUGUCUGCAGACAGAUGAGUCUUCCUUUCAGAACCUGAGAGAAGACACAGGAGCAUCCCCUUCACCAAAAGAAAACAAUAUUGGAAUUCUUGAGCCCGGGGAAUAACAUGUAAUCAUCUGAAAGAGGAGGAGGACUUUAUAUGGAAUCAUUAAGACUCAUCCUGCAUGUCAUGAGCUGUUUGUGGAAUUGUAGAGACCUGAUAGAACUACCUGUGCCCAAAGGAGAGAAGUGACAUCAAAAAUUAGUCUGUCCUCCUGAAAAUGAGAUUGGCUGGAGAGGUGAAAGGAAAGUUGGUGAGAAUAUGGUGGGCCUCUUUCAUCAAGAACAUCAGCCUUAGGCUGAUGAAAGCAGAAUUAAAACAAAUGGGAAAAUGUG